AUGGCGCGCGGGAGGGGCGCCGCUUCGGCCGCCGAGGAGCCCGAGGCGACGGGCAGGCCUCCCGUUGCGGCGGGCAGAGGCGCCGCCGCGGCCGCUCCCACUGGCCGCGGCGCUCGCGGCAGAGGAGGCGGUGGUCGCUCGGCACCGCCCAGGGAGAAGGGGAAGACGGCGGCGGAGGCAAGCAGCAGCAAGGAGAGCAUCAUCGGCCCCAUCGGCGUUCGUCAGGUCUCCGCCGACACACGGGCCAACAACAAGGGCCGAUGCGGCAUCUGCAACAAGAGGGAGUCCGCAGAGAACCCCUUCCCCGACGUCAAGUUCCCUGGCGAGGCCGUCCAGAAGUUCACCGCGGGUUGCGCGUUCCACACGCUUGGCUACGUACGGGGCCAGUGGUAUCUUGACCAUGGGUGGGUCCAGUUCUGCGGCGUGUGCGAGUCCGACAAGGAGAUCUCCGAGGCCUUCGAUUUCACGUGUGGAGUCGCGGCUGGCCAGGCCAGUCAUGCUGGGAGCAGCCACGACGUGGCCAUCAAACAAGAGAUUGGCGUCACGGUCUUCUCCGACUGCGACCUUCUCACCGACGCGAACUACAAGCUCAACGUAGUGCCGAAGGGCGCCGAGGCGGUCACCAUGGCCGACGCGGGCGAGCGCAUCACCGAGCUCCACAACGAGCACCACGACGAGACGGUCAAGGGCGUUCUGAUCGCGAACCCCGACCAGCCGUUCUUGAACGUAAGGAAGUGGUCCAGCUCGUUUGGAUCUCAUUCCGAGUGGGCAUUGGAGGCUGAUAAGAAUUGCCGCGAUGGGCAGGGCCUUUCGACAGAGCAGAAGGUGGAGAAGUACAUGAGGGAUUUGUUGCCGACAGCGCUUCGGGGGCACGUCGCCGUCCCAACCCUGGAGGAUGUCCGAAAGCGAGCUCUCGGGGCGGCGAGGGCGAAAGGCUACAUGGCGGCGUCCCACUCUGGCUCGUGGGCGGAGGGCGCCAGCCCCGCGGCCUCUGAGCCAGUCGUCGUGCAGCAACCACCUCGGGCGGAACCGCUGGCACUCUGCGACGGCGAGGAGGGUGCACGUGGUGAUGCAGAACCAGCUGGCGGACACCAGGGAGCGACCACCCAUGCGAGCCCGCGCUCCCCUGCACCAGGAAGCGCCCCUCCAGGCGACCGCGCCGCCGACGUUCGCAGCAACGCAGAUGCGAUGUCGAACGCUGGCGGCGCAAUGUCCAGCAGCGGCAGGAAGAAGACGGUGGUGUGCGACGACGAUGCUGGCAAGCAUCGGCUCCAGGAGCUGGCGCGCGAUAUCAAUUUGUGCGACAUCCUGGAUAAGGGGAAGGACAGUCAUGGUUUUGGUAGUCGCAUCUACGCGCUGAGGCGCUUCAAGGCGUCUGUGGAAUAUGUGACUGAUGCCCAGAAGAAGCUCCUGACCGACACCGACGUGUGCAACUCGCUCGGCGGGGGCGCGGUGAAGACCCUCACGGCCGCCCAGAGGGUUGAGACCCUCAAGAAGAUCAAGCACGUUAACAUCACCAAUGCAAGGUCGUUCAAGCGGAAGCUCUGCGAGCUGCACCUCAAGGAGACCGACGACGUGGUCGACAGGUUCGCCCUCUGCGUGCCUUGGGUUGCGGACCUCGACGAAGCGGCGUUCUCGACGUCUACGCCGCUGGACGCGUUCAUCCACUACGUGGUCAACGGCAUCGUCAAGGCGGACAGGGUCGACAAGGCAAACGUGGAUGCCCUCCUGAGUGCCAUCGGCGACUACGUCGGCACCAAAGAGUUGCGCGAUGCCGCGCCAGAGGGCAUGCGUGACUACGCGUGCGAGCUGUUCGUCUUCAGUCAGAGCAUGGCCGUUCUCAUGGAUCCCACUCCCACGGCGUUGACGUUCUGCCCAAUCAGGGGCGACGUGCGGAAGUUCUUGAGGGAGGAGUUGGGCGCGGAGUGGAGGCUUGUGGUUUCGUCGUUCGGCGAGGAUCUGGCUGAUAUGCUUCGCGAAUACAGCCGCGCCCACUACACAGACACGACGCACGGCCCCAAGAUGAUGGAGUACGCGACGCAGGUCAAGCUCAAGCAGGCCUAUAUUUUUUUCGACGUAGCCAAACCUAUACUCGUGGACUUCCAGGUCUGGGGCGGGAUGUUGCGAUCGGGGGGUGCGAAUGACUUCUUGCACCUCAUCUGCACCGCCGUCUCUGGGUGGAUCCAGGGUCGACGCGCCGACGCGGCGCAUGGCGCGCGGGACGACGAGGCAGCGCACGUGGCCGAGUUCGAGAAGGUCUACAUGACUUUCCAGAUGGGGGCGGUAUCGUGGAGGGGCGUGGGCAAGGAUCCCACCCAUGCCCUUCAGCAGGUCGGGGACGACUUGGGCACGCUCCGAGAGGAGCUCAGUAAGGCAUCGUCCGAGUCGGCGCUCGUCCAAGCUUGUGCCGCCAUCGACCCGUCGUCCGACGAGAACCUGCAGACGAUCCGUGAGGCGAGGAAGGCGUGCGAGGGCAUGGUCUUCGCCAGGUAUUCUACCAGGAAGGUUCUCUUUGACACCUCAUCGGCCUGCAAGUCGCACGGGAUCGCCUCGAUCAAGAAGUUAGCCCAGACAGAUUUCGACGGCAACAAGUCCGACGUCGUGCGGUCCGCGCCCCCGGUGGUUGGCAUCGGCAUCUCCCUGCUCAGCCACGUCGACAAGCAGUUUCAGGAGGUGGCGACCUUGAAUAACGAGCUCGCCGUCCUCUUCUUGCGCGGCCAGUCGGUCGGGUCGGACAUCCGUCUGCGGGCGAAGAUGGGCGUGGAUUUCGAUUUCGGUGACGAGCCCGCCGUCCUGAUCCAGGCGAAGCUGCUCUUCGAGGGCGUCUGCGUGAAGUUCACGCCCCCGCACGAGGCCCAAGCAGACAUCCACAGCGAGUUCGAGGGGCUCCUCAAAGUGGACGGGGAGGUUUCGACGAAUGCCAACAAUUACCAGGUCGCCGACCCGAUCGUGAGCACCGUGGGCGGCAUGUACACGAAGGACAUCAUCGCGAUCUUCACCGAGUCGCUCUCGACCGUGCUUGAGUUCCCAUCGGAGUACUGGAAGUAUAUCAAGGAGCCGUGGGUGGAGAAGAUCAACGAGCUCUGCAAGUCCUGCGGCGGCUUGAUCAACAGUGAUGGCGAGCACUGGGCCUCCAAGUACGUCGGCGAUGACUUCGCUUCGUGGAUGGACGUUGCCAAGAGUGGGCUAUUCAAGCAGAAGGGGCUCGCGUCGAAGUGCAAGGCGCUCGAGAACGAGAUCCGCGGCCUUCGAGUGACUUGCGAGGCAGUGGCAACUGAGCACUACAAGGUAGCAGAAUUCGAGAGGGCCCUGGCCGAGUGCAAACAGGUGCUCUCCAGGACCCACGUGACGAUGUGGGGGGCGAAGGCCAUGCAGCCGCUGAAGGCUGAGAAGAAGAGCUCCCUGAAGGACGACCUGACCAGCCUGAAGGACGAGCUGCACGACAGCGCUGCUAUGACUGAGCAGGACGUGCUGCCCGCCGUCCUGGCGGAGGUGGACCGCGUGCUCGCGAAGGCGCUCAACGAGUGA